CUAUAAAGAAAUGGACUGAUAGUAGAGAGAGAGGUCCGAAUAUCGACAUCGUUAAAAAGAGACAGAGAGUUGUUAGGUUGGUCAUGGGAGAAAUAGUAAUAUGAUAAUACCCGAUAACGAAAUUUUUAUAUUAAAAUAUUUUAAUUAUUCUUGUUAGUAAUUAAAAUAUUGAAUUUCGUUUAAUUUCUUAUAAUGGUUUUUCAAUGUGUCAUUCGUUCGUGCAAAACAAAAUCAAAUAAAGAUUGCAUCAUGCAUCGCUAGCCUAGAAAUCAUGAAAUGCUUUUAAAAUGGGCAAAUGCGAUACAUAUGUUUCAACCAGAUUUUACUCCGGCGACGCAUACAAAAAUAUGCAGUAGUCAUUUUAUAGAAUCUGACUAUAACUUGAGCUUUACUGGUAAAAAAAUGUUAAAAAAAGAAGCUGUGCCAAGUGUAUUUAAACUGGCUAUGUUCUUCCUUAUACUUAAGCAUGUAAGAAAUUAUUCAAUGUUGAAAUGGUCGAAGUCUUUGAUGAUGAAGAAGGAAGAAAUUUACUAUAAAUGCCAAUGGAUGAAGAAGAUAUUAAAAAAUCUGACAUCUGAUCAUCUGAAAGAUGAAAAGAAAGUUAAUGAAAAUUGUUUUUCAUUACUCAAGUUAUUGCUGUAUGUGUUAAAUGGCUUGGUUGAUAAGGUUAUGUUCAGUGUUCAAUGUUCUAUGGAUUUGUUACCAAAGACAGGGCUUGGAUUUUAUGCAAUCCUGACAUCCAAUCAUGAAUUUAAUAAAAUGUGAUGUCAUAUCCAUGGCUUUUAUAGAUAUAUUUAAAUAUCUAUGAACAGUUUCAUUGAGGAACAAAACAAAAUGGACCGUUGUGUAUUGUUAACAGUUUCACUCGUAAUACAAUUUUAUUUAGCGAUGAAGAACAUUUUUCUAAAUAUAAUAUUUAUUUACUCGUUUUAAUAAUGUAUGAAUAGCAUAACUUCUUUGAAUUUUUUAGUGAAAUCAAAAUGAUGUUGGGGCUUUGUGUUUAUAUGUUUAUAUUUUUUAAAUAAAAAAUUUAC